AUUUAAUCCGACAAAAAGAAAAGGAAAGAAAUCGCUCCAAUUUUCCGACAAGCAUUGCUAUUUCUGUCUUGAUUGCUUUGGUUAGAAUGCGCAUUGUAGUUGAGGGUGAUGUUCACUGUGGGAGUUCGUACAAUGUGGAUGGCGGCCAUUUGUUUCCGCCGUGUGAAUAACGUUUGGAAUCGGUAGCUAACCAUCAUAACAGCAGGAUCGUUUUUUGAUCUCGCUUAGAGGGAAGAUCAUUUGUUUAAAAUACCUAGCUAACCAGUGGGCUUGUUUGUUAAAACUCGUUGUCCAACACGGCUUCGCUGGUUUAAAUUCGCUAACCGAGUGUUUAAUUCCUCUAGUGCUAACCUCCAGGCUAGUUUGUUUUGUUUAAACUCGCUAACCAACGGGGUCGUUCGGGUAAACUCGCUUACCAACUGACUGGUUUAUUUUGUAUAAACUCGCGAGGUUAACCCACUGCCUCGAUUAUUUUAAUGUAACCCACUCAUUAGGACCGUUAAAGUAAGUUGGUUGGCUCGUUUGUUUAAAUUCGCUAGCUAACAUGCAACUCGCUAGUUUCCAGAUUCGUUUUUAAAAUUUAUUUAGUUGACUCUUAGUUUUGUCCAAUGUGUUUUGUUUAAACUCGCUACCUAACUGGCUGCAGGCUCCUUGGCUAACUAACAUUCACCACCGCCAUGCUUGCCGAUCCGGCAGCAGCCAACAGAACACCGGGAAGCGACGGCUUCCACCAGAAGUUAACGUCCAAUGGUAGUUUUUCUCCUGAGUAAUGUUAUGGUUGCUUAUCGACUAACCCAACACUUUGAUGUGAAUUGGACCUGUAUGAAUCGAGAGAACGUCAAAUAACUGCACAACGUCCCUGUGUUAGCCCACGACCUAUUAUGUACUCUGUUAUUUAGGCUGAGCCGUAUAAGCCCACAGCAGCUUCCCCACCAUAAUGUUACAGUGGAUCAUACUUGUGUGCUGAAAUUGAUCGCGUAUGUCACUCGAACCAAGUUAUGAAAAUGGAAGGAAUUAGACACACAAAACCGCAACUGAUCUAGAAAGCUGCACUGUUCGGGACAUAGUGACCUAACUUGGUGCUUGGAACACGGUGCUGAGCCAAAUCAAGCUGAAUCCAACAGUUUCACGCACACACUUGUGGAGUAACACUUUUUUAGAAAAUUGAGGCCAGUUGAAAUGGGAGACCCUGCCAUGCACAGAGACUGCCCUCUGGACUGCAAGGUGUACGUUGGGAAUUUGGGGAAUAAUGGGAAUAAGACGGAGCUGGAGCGGUCCUUUGGGUAUUAUGGCCCCCUGCGCAGCGUGUGGGUGGCGAGAAACCCCCCUGGCUUCGCCUUCGUGGAGUUUGAAGACCCUCGAGACGCCACGGAUGCCGUCAGGGAGCUCGAUGGGAGAAAUUUGUGUGGAUGCCGUGUGAGGGUGGAGCUGUCGAAUGGAGAGAAACGAUCUCGUAACCGGGGACCGCCGCCCUCCUGGAGCCGCCGCCCACGUGAUGACUACCGCCGUCGAAGCCCCGCCCCUCGCCGCAGGUCCCCGCGUAGGAGGAGCUUCAGUCGCAGUCGCAGCAGGUCUCUCUCCAGAGACAGGAGGAGGGAAAGAUCUCUGUCUCGGGACCGAAACCACAAACCCUCCCGCUCAUUCUCCAGAUCAAGAAGUCGUUCCAGGUCUAACGACAGAAAAUGAAAAGAAAGCGGAAGUUGUCCAAGUGCGAUAAAAAUUUGGUUUGUCAUCUUUUGACCCCCUUGAAUCCAUUCAUGUUCCAGAGUAAACCUUUUUUCUUUUUUUUCCUUUUUUAAGAAUCUUUUAGUGGUUUAGUCGAGUGUGUCCGGCAAUUCAGGCUACCCAGUUUCGUACAUUUUAAAUCUGCAGUUCCAUGUAGAAAGAAGAUUCUAGAAUGGUUUCAACCUUCCUGAGCCUGCCUCUUGCUCUGUUCUGUUGGGAUGUAGAGGCAGUAUGAGCAGGUCAUGUUGAGCUUCUGCUGAAGCGCUCGGUGGAGCGCAGGGUGCCGAGCUGAGGUGGAAUAAAGUACUCUACUUUGUAUCAGUCCAGUCCUGUAUUUCUGACAUUUGUAACUGUGUUUGUAUUGUUACAAUUAAAACUUUGACCAUAGAA